GAGUGUUACUGUAGGCACCAUGAACAAUGAGCAUCAACGAGAGCUGAGUUGACGACAUAACAUUCUGUGUAGAUGUCAUUGCUUUCUUUUCUUUUCUUUCUCAUUCGCGUGCUCUCCUUUUCCACUCCAUUUGUCUGAUUUCUCUUUGAAAAUCACUGUUCUCAGUUACUCUGUUUAGUGUUUUAUAUUUUUCACUUCACUCUAAUAUUUGGGUUAAAUUAAGUUAACCUGGUUUCUGUUUUUUUGCCAUUUUUUGAGUACUCUUUAGUCUCUUCUUUGUCCGUUCUCUCUCUGUAGUCUUAUUUGUUUUAUACAUCUCUCUAGGGUUGAUUACAGUCUUUUGCCGUGUCUGGAUUGUGUAUUUGUUUUUCUUUGUUAAUUUAUUUCCUCUGUUUCAUUGAAGAAGUUAGAUGGAGAUGCGAAGAGUACACAGUUGGAUUUUCAACAUUUGAAUUCAAGAAACAUACAUUAUGAAGAGCUUAACGCAAUGGGCAGUGGUGUUUGCACCUGGAAAUGAAGGAGAGACAGCGUUGGAAAGCUGAAGAGGAUGCUUUAUUAUGUGCUUAUGUAAAGCAAUAUGGCCCAAGGGAGUGGAGCCUUGUAUCACAGCGCAUGAACACACCCCUAAACAGGGACGCAAAAUCGUGCUUAGAAAGGUGGAAGAACUACCUCAAACCAGGCAUCAAGAAGGGAUCUCUUACUGAAGAGGAGCAGCAUCUUGUCAUCCGUCUUCAGGCCAAACACGGCAACAAGUGGAAGAAAAUUGCAGCUGAAGUCCCUGGCCGCACUGCUAAGAGACUUGGUAAGUGGUGGGAAGUGUUCAAAGAGAAGCAGCAGAGGGAACAGAAGGAUAACAGCACUCCAGUUAAUCCAAUUGAAGAGCGCAAGUACGAUCAGAUUCUAGAGACUUUUGCGGAGAAGCUAGUGAAAGGCGGUGCAUUUGUCAUGGCUGCUUCAAAUGCAGGGUUUCUUCACACUGACUCUCCUACCCCUUCAACUUUGCUACCCCCCUGGCUUUCAAAUUCCAAUGGAUCCUCCACUGUCAGGCCACCAUCACCUUCUAUAACUCUGUCUCUGUCUCCCUCAACAGUGGCAACUACUCCUACAAUCCCAUGGCUGCAGCCUGAGAGGGGGCCAGAUAGUGCCUCUCUAGUUCUCGGAAAUUUGCCACCUCAUGGCUCAGUUCCCUCUUAUGGAGAGAACCUCUUCAUAACUGAGCUGGUGGAAUGCUGCAGAGAGUUGGAAGAAGGGCAUCAUGCUUGGGCAGCACAUAAGAAGGAAGCAACAUGGAGGUUGAGAAGGCUGGAGUUGCAGCUGGAAUCAGAGAAGGCAUGUCGAAGGAGGGAGAAAAUGGAAGAGAUAGAGGCGAAGGUGAAAGCUAUUCGAGAAGAGCAGAGAGCUACUUUGGAUAGAAUUGAAGCUGAAUACAGAGAACAAAUUGCUGGACUGAGGAGGGAAGCAGAAGCCAAGGAGCAGAAAUUGGCUGAGCAAUGGGCUGCCAAGCACCUGCAUCUUACCAAGUUUCUUGAGCAGAUGGGGUGCCGGCCCCGGCUAGCGGAGCCCAAUGGCCGGUGAGGAAGAUCUGAUAAACAGAUUCGGUGAUGUUGUAUGGCGCCAGUAAUGUCUUUGCUAGUUCAGGUGUUCGUUAAUGUUUGAAAUUCUCCGCUAACUUUAUAAUUACUAUAAUGACGUUUUACUUGCUGCCUGGAUUGAAUAUAAUGUGGCAUGAGCUGAACCUGCUCUAUUUUAAA